AUGAGUGCAAUAACUUUGUCUCCGCUGACCCCUGAACUCCCGUCGCCCAUGGCAACCUCUGCGACCCCGUGUGACCCCUGUGACGAGAUGGACCCGGCUCUGGACCAGGAUCUAAACCAGGACCAGGAUUUAGAACAGGGAUCCUCAGUGCGACAGGGAGCCAGCAGAGGCACCACCACUGGGCAGGAUUCUAAAAGGUGUCAGAAGCCCCCUCCUCUGCACACUGGAGCAGACUGGAAGGUGGUUCUACAUUUACCUGAGAUCGAGAAAUGGCUCCGAGCUUCGGGAGAGAGGGUCACUCAGCUCUCUCACUCUGUGUCCCAGGACAGAGAGGGGAGACACGUGGACGCUCAUUUGCUGCAGCUAAAGGACAUCUGUGAGGAUAUCUCAGACCAUGUGGAGCAGAUCCACGCUCUGUUGGAGACAGAGUUCUCCCUGAAGCUGCUCUCCUACUCUGUCAACAUCAUCGUCGACAUCAGGAGUGUGCAGCUGCUGUGGCACCAGCUCAGAGUCUCAGUCCUGGUUCUAAAGGAGAGACUUCUUCAGGGGCUACAGGACUCCAACGGCAACUUCACCAGACAGACCGAUAUUCUACAGGCUUUUAACCAACAAAGCCAGACUCGUUUGGAGGACCUGACAGAGGUGGACGACUGUGGAGCUCUGACCAUUCGCUGCAGUCAGGACUAUUUCUCUCUGGACUGUGGCAUCACUGCGUUUGAACUGAGCGACUACAGCCCCAGUGAUGAAACACGUGAAGAAAACCAGCUGAAAGAGGAGACAAAUGAACCAAAAAACUCAGAAUUACAACAAGAAAGUACAGGCACAAGUGACAUCUCGCGACAAGAGGUUAGACUAUCGUCAACAUUACAAUGCAGCAAUGAGAGUGUGAAAAGAAGUCACAGCGUAGAGGGCUCUCCCACUCAUCAGUCUCAGCCCAAAAGAGCAGCUCUGGUCUCGGAUCCAGACCAGGGGGAGGCCAUAGGAGCAGACCCAGAAACGAAGCACCAAACUCAGGCAGAGAUCAGCCACAGCCCCCUUUCCUCCAUGGAGACUCCAGACAGGAACAGGUUCUGGUUGGAGCUGGAUGAGGUUUAUCCACAGAACAAGAUCACGAUCGCACCCCUCCAGAGUCGCUCCAGCUCCACAGGGGUCUCACAGUCGGCUGUACCCGAUGGUAGGAGCUCGUCUGCGGGCACAGAGAGCUCGGACAGCCCCCUGUGUGCCGUGGAUGAAGCAGAGAGGAGGCAGUCUCACGCACAGAACAGAGGGGAGUCGAUGGGGGAGUCGGACUCCCCUCUGCCCUCCCCCACCCCAGGCCAAACUUCCUCAGACCUGGAGGCGUCAGCGGAGGAGUCCAGACCAUCCAGCUCUGAGGCCUGGGUCUACAGGAGCAAGAACAGCCAGAGGGUCCCUGACUCCUCUCAGCUCAGUCCUCAUCGGCAGCACUGGUUUGGGUCAGAGGAGUUCUUGGCUCUUCCAGCUCAGCUUCGGAAAACUGAGAUUCUCACCAUGAACCUGGAGACUCUGGCAAAGUCCAUGCCUCUGGGCUCAAGGAGGUGCGAUCCUUCCCAUGAUGCUUUGCAGGAUGUGGACGACUGGGACCUGACAGAAUUGAACCAAGACCUGAACCAGGACCUGAGCUCGGACUGGGAGAGCCUGGAGACCGGAGCAGAGACUGGGAGCAGUGUGGAGGAGAGUGAAGACCCUUCUCCUCUGCCCAGACAACAGUUCCCGUUGAGACGUCAGCUCCUCCCUCGCCGCUUUAGCCCCUCCUCCUCCAGUGACGCCGCUCUUUCGUUGGACGGGAGCCUUGAGUCUGGACGAAUCAGUGAGCUGCAUUCAGAAGAUGAGGCGGGAACUGUGGACAGAGGCGUCACAGCGCCCCCCACGGACGGGGCAGGGAGAAGCGCGCUGGUGCAAAAACUACUACAGCACUUUCAAAUCCCCGACCAGGACCCACGAGUCUGGAGCAGAAUGGAGUCUCUGGUGCAGAAGUUGGACGGGUUCAUCUCGUGGCUCCAGGAUUCACUUGACAGCACCGAAAACUGGACCCAACCCAGACAAGACCUGGAGAGCCUCAAAGCCUACCUGACCACACACUUGAGUUUUAAGAUGAACGUGGACAGUCGCUCUGUGCUCAAAGACGACAUCAUGGAGGAGGGACGUGCCCUGCUCUGCUGCAUCUCCUCUCACCACUCAGCUCUCAGAGACAUCCUCCACAUGGUCUCUGUCCAAUGGGAGCAGCUCCAGAGACAGAUACGACGACAGCACGGGUGGAUGCUGCGAGCACUGCGCUGCAUACAGGCCCGCCUCUUCUACCAGCUUGACCAGUCACACGAGACUAUCUCUGUGUCCACCGUCCCCUCCACCAAUCAGAAGACAGCUCAGUCCAACGAAGGCCUCAGGGUGGAGUUGGUGUCGUCUCAGUUCGAGGUUCAGAGAGCGGCGCUGGAGCAGAUGGCUGUGAGACUGAACAGCCUGCAGUACCCCAGCCCCGCCAGCAGGAGGAGCUCUGCACAGACCAGGGCCAGCAGUCUGCAGGAGCUGGAGGCGGAGUACCAGGAGCUCUCUGAUUGGCUGAUGGACAUGGAUGCCAUGGUGACAGACAGUCACCAGCUGAUGAUGUCAGAGGAGCAGAGACAUCACCUGUUCAAGAGCUCCCACACUGAGCUGCAGAUGAUGGAGGGCAAGAGGAGCGCUCUUCUCUCCAGACUCGACUGUUUCAGACGCUGCGGAAACGAACCUCCCCGAGACCUGAUCCAGAAAGUCCAGGAACUCAACCAGACCUGGGACCAGAUCAAGAAGCUCCUGUCUGUCCACUCGGGCCCCGCCCCUGCGCACCUGUCCACCUGCCCCUCUCUGCUCUGCGCUGCCCCCGCUGGCCCGUCAGGUCGCUGCGUCCUGUCGCCUCUCACCGAGUCGCUCCUGCAACAGCUCGAGUCCAGAAUCAAAGAACUGAAGUCAUGGCUCAGAGACACAGAGCUGCUCAUCUACACACUCAACAACUCACUCAGGGGGGCCUGAGGAACAACAAGGAGAGAGGAGCAGCUGCAGAGCUUUAAGUCUCUCUGCUCAGACAUUCGGGCUCGACGUCGCGGUGUUUCCUCCGUCCUCAAACUCUGUCAGAAGCUGCUGCAGCAAAACCAGAUGGGCCCCACGGCGGAGCUGAGCCCUGAGGCGCAGCAGCACCAGGAGGCCCUGCAGCUGCUGUCCAUUAACCUGGAGCGGCGCUGGGAGGCCAUCGUCAUGCAGGCGCUGCAGUGGCAGAACAGACUCAAGAGAGAGCUGGGGGACGAGCAGGUCCCUGGAAACUUCCUGGAGCCCGGGUUGGUCGACCUCCAUCAGAUCACCUCGGCCCAAAACGUCGGAACGUCGGGAAUUUUAACCGAUGACUCGUGGGAAUGGGACGAGACGGACAUGACCAUCUCCGAAUCCGCGGAGGAGACCCAAGAACCGGAUUUAACCCACGAUUUACCUGCUCAAAACCACUCAACUUUAAACUCACAAAAAACUGCAAAUUCCACCCUUGUUUAUCAAGUUUACAGUCUUCACGAUGUGGAGUUGUACAAACAGCCACAAUUCCCACAAGCAAAUUUGAAAAGCAAAACUGGAAAGCACAAACUGUUGACAAAAUCACUGAGUAAAGAUUCUUCAUUUUCAUCUGUGGAAUCUUUACCGGAUAUUUUAGGAGGAAUAAUGAAACAAAAGCAGGAAAAAUGUAAUGGUAAAGUUAAGAAAGGUAUCGAACGUGGAAUAUCGGUGAAUAGUCGUAGAUCGGAAAGCGAAAGUGGAAUUGACGCCGGAGAUACAGAGAUGGCAAACUCUGAAAUACAAGAUUUUGAGGAUAAAGUCGACGAUGGAAAAAUGAAUGAAAGAUGCACGUUGGAAAGGAUUAAUAAGGAAGAAAUUGGAAGUUUUAACACGGAUUUUGAAAGAACGCAAGAGUUUAUGGGCAAGAAAAGCUACAUGCAAAACCGGAGACCUCGAAGGGGGGAAGCGGUCGAGAUCUUGAUAAACGGACGUGGAAUUUUAACUCCCGCUGAUUCCGAUUCUGAUUUAGAAUUUGAAUCUGCAAAACCGUAUCAGGAAUUAAACCUCGAGCAAAAGUCUGGCUUAGAAAAUCGGUUCAGCCCUGUUUUAUCUCACGGUUCGUCACUUGAGUCUUUGCUGGCGAUGGGCGUGGAACUGUUCCCGAUGCAGCGAAGUGCUUCUCUCGAUAACGCUAAUCGAAGCGUAGAAGGACAAACCGAGGAAGUUGCGGAAAAACAAGAUUUAAGUUUUGACAAAUUUGUGGAAAAUUCGUCCGAGGAGCUGAGCAGACGCACGCUAGAUUUGCUGAAAAGACUUGAGAACAUCCAGAGCCCGUUAGGAGGCAAGAUGACCCGGAGUAUGUCGGACAUGGCGCUGAUUACUACGUCUCCGAACCGAAUUCCCGCUUCUCCGUCUCUCGGCGGGAAAAUCUCGCCGUUGUCCGGGAUUUCUUUCCAUUUAAGCCCUCCGUCGUUGAUCCAGGAAAGCUCCGCCACCGCUUCUCUGACCGAACUGAGCAGCGCCGAAGAUCUGUCUCAAAACUCAGACGAUUUCAAAAACAAGUUCAUGGAUCCCGCGAAUGCUGCGAACGCAAACUUCUACUGCAAAAAGCACGGGAACAGACCGGAGGAAAUGGACGUAGCGAGCUUAAGCAUGGUCGUCAAUGUCUCUUCAGCGUGCACAGAUGAUGAAGAUGACAACAGCGAUCUCUUGUCUUCGUCGACGUUAACGGAGGAGGAGCUGGGAGUGAGAGACGAAAUGGAGGACAGGUUUAGUGCCACGUCGUCCGCCAACGAAGAAGAAUUCGACUCUCCGUUCGGGUUGGACUACAUGCAGAAAGAGCUACAAAACUGGAUCCAAACGCCGUUUUCCAAAUCUGAAAUCGGACUGAAAGACGAGCUGCAGUGUGGGUCCAACCUCCACCGCAACGAAAACACGGAUAAGAAAUGUUUUAAUUCUUCCAAACUCAUUGGAAAUAAGAGAAACAAAAACGCAGAGGAGGAAAACAGACGUAACACCACCAGGAGCUACAUCAGCCAGUUCGUGGACGAUGUCGAGAACGGAAAUGUCGACCAAAGCUGUUUAAAAGGCAAAGACGCAGACGAUGAACUGUUACGGGAAGAAUCGAGCGUUUUUACGAAAAAAUCCGAGACGCUUCGAGAUUUUUACGCAAAUACCGAAGAAAUAGCACAAGAUAUGAGCGAUUUUUUCUCACAAUCUGAAACGGCAAAGCAGGACGGUUCUAAAAGCUCUUCGUAUUUAGUGGGACAGUUAAAAGGUGAACUUCCGUGCCACAAUUCGUCCGUGCAGUCGCCGCCGUCGCCAACAGAGGACUCGACUUCCCACGAUGCACUGCGCAAAAAGACAAACGGGAGGAAAGCCAUCACGAUUCAGGAGAAGUUUAAGUUCAUGUCUCUGGUGCAGGAGCAGGCCAAAAGAGAAGUGAGAGACAGGGAUGUUCACAAUAAAAGACGUCACGGCGCUCACUGCUGCAGCCACCAUCCAGGGACGUUUUAUUCUGAAGAGCCGAAGCCGGGCGAGGAGAACGUGCACGACUUUGUGAUGGAGAUUAUGGAUCUGACCAACGCGAGAAGAAACAGAGACGAGACGGAGACGACAGAGGAGACCGUGGGAGCGCAUAUAAGAGACAAGGUGCUGGAGCAUUCUCACCGCUCGGUUCAGCUCAGAAACGGAGACUUCUAUUCGUACCUGUCUCUGUCCUCUCACGACAGCGACUGUGGAGAGGUGCUACAGAUGUUAGAACACAAAACCAACUCUUCCUCCAGCAAUUCCCCCACGCACGGCCUCAGCUCUCCCACCCCGCAAUAUUUCAGGAAAACCACGCCGGAAAACUCCCUCUCGAACCAGGAGAGAGAGGAGAAGUCCGACCCAAACCCGCUCCACGCGCUCAGUCCGGAGAUCCGAGACGAGGAGACACUGUUCCCAGCCUGCACGGAGGAGGUGUACCUGGGACCCCCGCUCUGCUACAGCCUCUCCGCUCCCAAGAGACAGAAGAGACCCCAACACAACCAGGAUCCAGAGGAAGUGCGAGGAGAGUCCGGUCUGAGGUUCGAUCAAGGGAAUAUGAGAGAGAGUCCGAGCUACUAUUCAACGGCGCGUUCCUCCGACGCUCGUCAAAAAUCUCCCAUAAUCCUCUGCAACACUUCAUUCAUCAUCGAGCCGCGACCUCUGACCCCCGCAGCCCACUGUCAGCUGACCCCAUCCAUCACCGCGGCGACGGAGGAAGGCGGCCAUUUUGACAGCUCGGAGACGGGAGAUGAUGAGGGGGCGGGGCCGAGGCGGCACGGAGGGAGCUGA